AUGACCAUACCCACGGAAGCAGCUAACGAUGCAUUGAACAUCACACUGGCCGUGGUGCAAUCGCUCAUGAAGCGAUGCAUCAAGGUGAAAGAGGGCGAUCCAGAGGCCUUGAAGCUAUCAGAUGAGAUAGCUAGGUGCAUGGCAAGAGACUUGAAAUUGUAUAGUGGGAAUGCCACAUCAUUCUCCCCAUGGCUGCUCUCUUUUGCUGCCGUUGUGAGACAGCACUCUAGGGGUGGCGCCUUUCAGAGUGUCCCCGACUGGACCUCUGUUGCUGACGACGACCCAUGGAUCAAGGACCACCCACAAUCUGAGAAGACCAUGGUCUAUCACCCACCCUCUGUGCUUGAUGUCCCCGCAGUUGCAACAUCGAGCACCAUUCCCACCACCAUUCCCACAACAACUUCAACUCUCAUUGUCCCGCCAUUAACGCCCUCUGCUCUACCAUCCAUGCCAUGCCGUAUGGACCCGGAUCUCAUCACCAAGCCGAAUCCAUCCCGCACGGACCUGGAUCUCAUUGCCAAGCCAGUAGCGGAACCGAAACGAUCGUCACGGCCGCGAGCGCAAAAGAACCUGCCUCUUCUCGGGCGUCCAGCAGGUCCACCUGCAAGAUUCUACCACCUUUAUGUGGACAAAACUAAGAAGAAACCGGAGAAGGGCGUUUUGCAGGUCGGCAAUAGCAGAAAGAGAAAGGCUGAAGAUGAGGAUACUGAUGGGGCCGUUGUGGUUGUCACCCCCAAGUUGCCUUCCCCAUCCCAAGAGCCGAUGAAAAAGAAGAAGAAGUUGAGUCAGAAUGUCGAAAAGAGGCCAACAGGAAUCAUUGAUGUGAAGCCAAAGCCAUUACCGACCGUCACUACUGACAAGGUUGUGCUGCUAGGCGAUGACAAGGGUUUCCAGGAUGCAGAAACUCGGCCUGCAGAAUGGGGCUCGGAUGCUCAUAUCGCUACCCUGUGCCAGCAUUCUGUUUGUUACCAUCCUCGGCAGUGCAACAAGUGCACGAAAUUGGACAUACCCUGCAUUGUCCUUCCGGACAAAAAGUUCGGAUGCACGCAACUUGUGUGCGUGAAUUGCGACCAAAUGAAGAUUGCCUGUGCGAUCGACGGUGUCGGUGUCAGGCAGAGAAUGCAAGUGAAGGCGGCUGCAGCUACAUCAAAGCCGGCCGGACAUUCCAGAACGCGCAUUCAGAAGUCCCGUGCGAUCUCCAAGACCCCGGCUAAGAGAAUACUUGCCCAACCCCCUCGUGUUAAACUCAACAUAGUUGAAGAGCCAGAGCAACAGCCUAGCCUGCCGGCUGAUGCGCCCAUACCAAUCAUUGGCACAAGUCAAUGGCCGGAACAGGGCGAUCAGCUUGUGCCGACCAACCGCGCCGAUCCUGAGCCAACUGCAAGAGACAUCUUGCAGGGCAUCCGGGGCCUCAGCAAGAGAUUAGAUCUCCUGGCCACUAAUGAGCGUGUGGACACCUUGGAGAUAAGAGUGCAUUCGGUGGAGAAUAUCCUCCACCAGCGGUUGAACACACUGGAGCAACGGCUCAAUGCCCCGGAUGCCAGGUAG